CGCCCGACGCGCCGACGCGCGCGUUUUCUGAGCCGAUACUGUGCCGAUACGAUCAAAUGUCGGCUGCUCCGCUCCCGCCAGCCAGAGCUAGUCGCGCGCUGACGCCGCCCCGAGCUGCCGUCUCCGCCAGGCGCCAUGCACGCCGCCACAACCGGCGGCAAAAACAGGAGAAUACUCCGCAACUUGUUACAGACUUACAAGAGCCUGCCGCUAUUGUGGGACAAAAAACACAAGCAAUAUUUCAAUAAAAAAGCAAGAUAUGAGGCGUUUAAAGAUUUGCUAAAAAUCUAUCAAGAAAUCGAUUGCCAUGCCACAAUAAUCACUGUGAGGAAGAAAAUUGACAAUUUUAGGAAUACAUAUAUGAGGGAAUUGAAGAAGGUGAAGACGUCGCAGCUGACCGCGAAGGAGCCCGAGGACGUGUACGAGCCGACGGUGUGGCACUACAAGGAGCUGGGCUUCCUGGAGCACCUGGUGCGCCUGGACACCACGCGCGGGAGCAGAGCCGAGCACACCGACACCGAGUCUGAGAGAUCUGUUGAAGAAGAUCAAUCAAACAAUACGAUCAAAGAAGAGGACCAGAACCCCCUGGAUAGCGAUUGGAACGAGCACUACGCGGUAGAAUCCAACGACGACAUCGACAAUGGCAUCCAGGAGACCGGGGAGAAAAUAUACAUCUCAUACGCUCAGCCCAUGCCCAGAAAAUCUUCAAAAGCAAAAACCAAAAAAAAAUUGGUAACCAACAGAAAGAUGAGCUUGCCUAUGGGCCCUGACGAAAUCAUUGGCCAUUCUUUCGGCGUGCAGCUGGCGGGCCUGCAGGUGAAGCAGAAGGCAAUAGCGCUGAAGUUGAUCUCCGACGCCAUAUACUACGCUAGUUUAGGGAAGUUGCAGGAAACAAGCACCGUGCAAUUGUAGUUUCGAAAUGAGCGAUUGUGCGGGAAAAAAAACUGGACUGUGAUUCUUUAGACUUUAAAAAAAUAUUAAAUUAAGUAGCUUUAAGAAAGUCUUUUGUAUGUUUAUUAAUGCCCUAAAUCGCACCCCCCCUGGAAUAAGUAUGCAAGUCCACUUGUGCGAUAUUUUUUUUAUUGCACUAAAAAAUCAAGAAGGAGGUAAUACAUAUUGUCAAUUUUUUUCAUAAUUUUUCUCUUAAAAAUGAAGAAAUUAUGUACAAAUAUGUAAAAUAUUGCAACAUUAAAAUAUCUAAAUUUCCAUAGCAAAAACGAAGUAAAUACAUUUGCACUUAAUUGUUUAAUAAAGUUCCGUAUGAAUAAUAGCAUAUUAAUAGUUACGUACAUCUUCCACGAAGACUUUAAAAAAUAUUUUCGCGUAUCUAU